AUGGCCUUCCAGAAUCAAGAUUCUGCUAUUGACAGCAACGAUACCUCUCUUUCGUGGCCCGACGCUCCCUGGUUUGACCAAUACAAUUCAUUGUCCUAUGACUUUGACGACUAUGAGUUACUCGCCGGACUGCCCGUUGACCAAAUCUUACCAGAAUUCACAUUACCAUCGCCAGUAUCAGAUUAUUCAUCGAUGAAUAUGGACGGUCUGUUAGAGUCACGCGACGAUGUGUGGGAUAUUCUGAACGAAUCCAGACACCUUCAUGACGAUCCAUUUACUCCAGCGGCAACUCCAUCGAAGAAAAAUUGUUCAACCGAUGCCACACACUCACCAUCUCUUGACAGCUGUCUUGGGACCAACUCCAGUCCCACAGUCAAGGCAGAAAAGACAUCAAAGUCUCUAACAGAGAAAUCCCGAAAACAGGACUCAAAAAAGGCUCGAGGCAAAUAUGCCCGAUCUAAGCGGCAGAACGAGCAUAAUCUUAUUGAGAAACGAUAUCGGAACAAUCUCAAUAGCAAAAUCAACACUUUAAGAAACAACAUUCCAUGUCUUUCGAGCAUUAAGGAGAAAGAGUGCGGGAACGACGGUAUGGAAAGUGACGACAGCGAUGGUACAAGAUUACAGAAGUGUAACAAGGGAAUAGUUUUUGAUAAAGCUGUUGAAUAUAUCGCCGAGCUGAGGAGUCAAGUCCUUGCCUUGUCUAAAGAAAAUGAAAGGUUUAGAUUGGCGCACAUCAAUUACGCCUACGGGCAGGAACAAUCGAUAACAGCCAUGCUUACGAUGUUUUGUUUCUUCGAGGAGAAACCAUGUCUUUUAGACACCGAGGCCAGCUCAACGUCCCAGAUUCUCACCUGCACGCCUAUUUUUAUGGCUGAUAUUUUGCAUCCACCAGCUGAAAUACCACCUAAUAAGAGCGCGACUCAACAAUCAUGGCGGACAAGAGAUUCCCCCGACCUUACACGCUCUCUUACGAACUAUCAGAACGGAUUGCAUAGUGUUUCACAAAACGCGCCAACCACGGGUCACUAUGUUGAGAACAUGUCAAAUGGAGGUCUCCAGGUAGACGCACGAGGCAAUGAUCAGUUCAAAAUCGAACAGCCAUUCGCAGCGCCUUUGCCAACGCAGAAAAGCACAACACUCUGUGGAUUGCGAGAGCGUACGAUAUGGAUGAUACUAGUAGCCUGCGUUUUGCUUGUCAUUGGAGGAGUUACAGGAGGAGUAGUUGCCGGUCUUCGACGUAGAUCGUCAAAUAAAUCUGCCAUUUCUGCAACAACAGUAACCACCACUGUAUCAGCGGGAUCGGCUACUCAAACGAAUCCAGCCAUCCCAACCUCCAGCUCCAGCCCAUUCGAUUCGAAUGUCUGGUACCGCCUGACAAACGAAGAUCCUGGCACCUCAAUUGCGCUGGAUGUCGUAAACGAUAACGACAUCGCUUCAAGCGGGAGGCUUCAGAUGCAAACACCAAAGGCAGUCUCAGGACAAUACUGGCAGAUACGUCAGUUGGCAGACGGUAAAUCAUACGCGCUCUGCACGCAAUUCCUAGGUCCAAAUAUGCGGCUCGAUGUGUCUGAGAUCACUCCACAUCUUGCGCCUAGCUCGACAAGCUUGGGACAACAAUGGUUUAUCACUGCUUGGGGGGCAGGAACCUGGAGGGUUGCGAAUGCAGUUAAGGGGGCAGGCUUUUAUUUGGAUUCGCGUGGGAGUGGGGUGGUGCUGUAUAUGAACGAUGGCUCGCUUCCUGGUCAGCGUUGGAAGUUCGAAGCUUUGGGGCCAAUUAAUAAUUCUUCGUAUACUUUGUAA